AUAGAGCAAAGUAAUGUAAAUAAAAUGAACGUUCUUUACAGGAAUGGGUCGGCUGAAAAUAUAGACCAACAUGACUGGCAUUUAAGCAUAACAUCAAGUCAGUGAAUUUAGCUGAAUUUGUCCAUUUCCUUGUCAAAUCUAUUUUUUUAGUGACGGACAAGAAUUUUAAAAAUAAUUGUUGUCAAAAAUACUUGAGAGAUUCAAAGGUGAAAACCAACUUGCUUAACCUAAGCCUGACGCACGCCAAGAACGUCAGGACCGCUACUAAAAACAAGAUCAGAUUUCAUUCUACAAGAUCAUAUUCCUGUUUUGAAAGGAGUAAACUGUUCACCAGCAAAACCUAGAACUAAGAAGACCUGUGUCUCUCCAAUGAUGCACCACUGCCUGGACGUGGGAGGAGAGGGACGCAGCAUUUCUGCCUGCAGCACAUAUUGAUCGUGAGCAGUUGAAAGGGACGGUUACAGUGAACCAUGUGGACAGUGCGGGUCAGUGUUUUGGGGUGUUUCAGACGGUGGGCAGUUCUUCUGUAAAAACUGCCACAAUGUGAUUGAGAGAACGAAAGAUUGUGAUGAUAUGAAUGCAGUGCUCUCCAACAGCAGGAUCUCUUCUUUAUCAACACGCAAAAGGAAGCAGAGUGGAAAAGGUGCACGAGACUGGAUGGUAAUCGAGGGCUUUCAGCUGAUCAUUAAACUUCAGGCUGAAGCUUUGGUUAAACUGGGUGUCUGCCCUCAGUUUAAGACAGAUGUGUUAUGGAUUUUCUGGAAGCGAUACAUGCAGAAGACCAAACAGGCAUACACAAGAGAACUAGCGAACAGUGUCAGUUGUUCAGUGGACUUGUCCAGUGACAGUGAGGCUGAAUCAUCUGUCGCCUUCAGUGAAGCAUCAAGUCACGCUGAGGUUGCCUCAAUGAAUGGAGCCAGUGCAGUUUCUGGAUACUCCAGUGAUGGGAGAUCUUCAGUGUGUUCAGGCUCUUUGGAUGCUGAGCAGUACCUCAGACGGAAAGAAAGAAGGAAAUUGAUGAGCAUGCCCCGAACACUAGCAUUCUGCCAUUUGGCUCUGCUUUGGGUCAAGGAGGCCAUCACCCUGGCAGACUUACUUAGGUUGGUGUCUAAGGGCCAUGUCCCUUAUAUUAAUGUUCAUGAAUUGUUUCCAGAAGAGAUGAGGUUCUUUGGCAAGGAUGCCUUAAUCUUUAGAGUUGAGACUAUCCCCACUUACAGUAAGGUACACGACGAGGCAGUGGAACUGGCAGCAUUGAUAGAUCUGCCAACAUUCCCUCCUGUGUCUCAGGAUUGCCUACUUCAUCCAGCUCUGCUCAGUCUACGCUAUUUAAUGGAUGCUAACCUUCCUGAUGAACUUCAUACAUUGGUUUGUAAAGUAAUACAGAAAACAGCUAUGGGAAAAGACUCCUUUCUGACCUUUGACCCUACUGGAAGAAAGCCUACACUUCUGUGCUAUGAUCUUCAGGCUGCAGCACUCAUUGUUGUGACCAUGAAGCUUUUGUUCAGGCUGGACGAUAAGGUGGAGUGGAAGGUGGCCAGAAAAGCAAAUAAAAAAGGAGAUGAAAUGAAACAUGGCAAGAAAAAGACCAAGCGAGGUGGAAAGAUGUUUAAUUUGAGAACAUGGUUUAUGGUUGUACAGCCUGCACUGGAACGAGCCAGGGAGAAAGAAACGCAGGCUGAGGCCAUGCGACAGUGGAAAUCUAAGAAACCCAUCAUUCCGUCUUCGAAACAUAAAACCGUCAUACUAAAACGGAGACGUGUGGUUGAACAGCUACAGAGCACUUUCCAAGCUCUUUCUGGUUCAACUCCUGAGCAGAAAGUUUCCUCCCCAUCUACCUUCCUCUUCCUUUGGGGAGACAAGAAUGGAGCUGAUGGACCCAGUCUCCAUCACAAGUGCCUGGACAAUCUGAUGAUUAAAAAGCAAAAAAUUUGCCGCAUUGUCAACCGUAAAUAUUGGCACACUUUCUUGAGGAAGUGCCCUCCAGGGCGGUGUGGAGACCAUUUCAAGGAUCUGGAACCUACUUUGCCCAGGAUGUAUGUGUGGUUACUUGGACUCUUCUCUUUCAUUCUCGGUGUUGAAGAUGCGCAGUUGCACAAUGCAGUGGUUCAGGUGGAGCGACGCCUACUGGCAAAGCCAGGCCGCAAAUCAACACCAGAAAACCUCAAUGAAUGAAGACAGACUUGGCACAAUUGAAGCACUUCUGUGUUGAGAAGAGUGUUUUUUUUCUUCUUGUGUGUAAAGUCAUUGUCUGCUGUUACAGAACAGAGUUGUGUGAUUCCACCUUUGUAAGGUUUACAGUCUGACACAAUUGUUUGUGUUUUUAUACUGUACAGUUUCAUAAAACCAUUUCUUUUUUCAUUCAGUAAAAAGAUAAGUGGUUUAAAUAUUUGUGUACUGAUUUCUAAAAUCUAAAACACAUUGUAAGGUGCAGUUUUGUAUAUGUGCUCCUUCCUUUUGGGUCAGGAGAGUAGAAGAUACACUGACCAUUAUAAAUGGAUCCUGUUUUCAUUAAAUCUAUUUAAAUGUUUAUAAGGAACCCUUUAUUUCACAGGUACAAACUUUACCUCUUCUUCUUCUUCUUUUGGCUUUUCCCUUCAGGGGUUGCCACAGCAAAUCAUCUCUCUCCGCCUAUCCCUAUCUUCUGCAUCCUCAACACCAUCACCCACUAGCUUCACAUCCUCAUUUAUUACAACACAAACUUUACCUCUUAGGGUCCUGAAAUAAUACAGCCAUAAAAUAAUUGCGAUAAAAACUGCUAAGUCUUUCCCUUUCCUCCAGCUGAUGCUAUCUUUGCUGUUGAAGCAGUUCAGAUUCAUGUCUGGAUCAGGAAAAUAUACAUAUAUAAACAAAAUAUUAAUCAAUAUAUGAAAUAAAGAAACUAGUGAAAUGAGGUUCAAAAGGAAAUCUGUACCAAUUCAAGUCUGAAUCUUUAACCUAGUUUGUAAUGUACAGUGAGUUAGUUAAUAUAAUCUCUGCUGUAAAGUUAGCAUCUGUGGCAGCUUUAGAUGUCAACGUUUAAAUAAUGUAAUUGAACAAUAAAUGUUACGCAUGUGCCAGAUUCUAUU